AUGACAUCAAAUGACAGGCAUGCUUCCCACGACUCUCCCUACCGCACCGGGCAGCAUGUGCCCCUCAGCCAGAGCCGCCACGCACCCCUCACCUCCGUAGCGACCAGUGCCAUCGAGUCCCGACCAGAUCUCAGUUCGUCCUUCGAAGAAGAUUCGUCGAAGCGAUCCCAGCGUUGGUCGGAGUCCCAAGACACUAUCACCUCCCCGACCCGGCCAUACUCACCGGGAAUGAGGUCCAAACAAAGACGGUCCAAUGAGCAGGACGAAGGCGUGCAGAUGCAGAGCUUCCAUGACGGUGCUCCACCCCCUCCCCCGGUCUCGCAUUCUUGGAGGAAAAUAGAUAAAUGGUGCGAGAGGAAUUACGAGGAACUUUUUGAUCAAUUGUGCGAGGGUUGCACGCAGAAUGAUGUCAACGAGCUGGAGCAUGAGCUGGACUGCAGUCUACCACUGGAAGUCCGCGAAUCGUUGAUGAUACAUGACGGCCAAGAACGAGGUGGCUUACCCACCGGUGUCUUAUUCGGGUGUAUGCUUCUCGACUGUGAGGAAAUUGUUCAGGAAUGGAAAAACUGGCGAACAGUCAAUGAAGAGUUCCUCAGCACGACGACCAUUUCCGGGCCACAGCCUCCCCUAAAAGCAUACGGAGGUUCCUCGACUUCAAGUGCAGGGCAAGCUCAGUCUAACCCUCUCUGGCGACAGGAAUUGCUCGACAGGCAAGAUUCACAGCCAGUGCGGGCCAUUCAGAAGGCAUAUGCCCACCCAAGCUGGAUCCCCGUCGCGCGUGACUGGGGAGGUAACAAUAUCGCCAUUGAUCUUGCACCCGGACCAGCUGGAAAAUGGGGCCAGGUUAUCCUCUUCGGACGCGACUAUGAUUGUAAAUAUGUCAUUGCCAGGUCCUGGGCAGCUUUCUUAGCCAUGGUCGCAGACGACUUCCACUCUGGCAAGGUUAUUGUGGAUGAAGAUUCCAACGAGUUGAGAUUGAAACCUUUCAGAAACGCAGAUCCUCCGUACCUGGAGAUUCUCCGCUGGCGCACUGAUCAGAAGCAUGGCCGUAGACCUCCAAAGAAGCGGUCAGGAGGCGUCGGUCUUGGUGUCAACACUUCUGUCAAUGGAAAAACUACGAGAGAUUCCCCAUAUGGAAGUCCAACUCCAAGCACUGAGGAGAGAGGGCGUUCACCGCAUCGAUUCCCGUCACGCGGGCCUAACGGUAGCCCGAAGGGUGGCUUAGCAUUGUCUAGUCCUUUGGCACGAGUCGCAGAAGAAGCAUCAUCUCCUGUCAAAGAGAAUGAGCCGAACGAUGCAGACAAGAGCAAGUCGAAGGAUGCAGAUCUCGUUGAUCUCACCUCGCCUGCUGCCUCAAUUAGAGCAGAACCGGUCCCUACUACCGAUUCGAAAAACGACGGGCAUGCGGAGCAAGGUACUAGCAAACGCACUUCCAAAGCUGCUGACAAACCGAAGAGCGGCCUGUCCACACCACGCUCAUCCACCGGUCUCGACGCGAAAGAUUUUGAAGGAAUGAAAAGUAUUGCGAUUUGAGCGCUGCAUUGUAUGCCCCCUCUCGCAAAUAUCGGCCAUGAGAGAAGAGCUUCCCACACCAAUUCUACCCCUUUUUGAGCACCAGCAUAGGCAUGUCUUUUUCUUUCCUCUUUGCUCCAUGUAUUUCUUGUGGGCCUUUUUUAACACUGGGUUUCAUUUGAUUGGGCUAAACAAUCCUCACAUCUGUUCAAGCAAAGAAAAAGUCGAUCAGCAGGAAUUUUUCUGAUGCCGAGAUGAUGUGACGUCCAUAACUUCUCUCGAUGGCCUUUUCUGCCUUUAUUGCUUUUGUUCAGAGCGAUUCCCCUGUUUUUCAUGCUUUUGCCAUGGAUUCUUAUUUCUUAUUUUACCAAACUUGCUUCUUUCACUCUGUGUUUCUAUUUCUCUUCCAACUUGUACUAUUGGGCGAACCCCUUUCCCUCUCAGAAACUGUUUAAUCACCUUCCCAUAUUGCAUCAUCUUGUGUUAUCCCUUCUGAAUAAUUACCAUUACAACCUCUGAUUAUGCAGACUUGAACGUGCUUUUUUUUUUUUUUUUCGUGGCUGCUUUCUACCCAAUCCUGUUCACAGAAUCAUACCUGAGCCCUGGAUGCCCUUGCCCUGGACCUUCUCUUGCUGUUUGUUGAAGAGCAGCGCUAUUUGUCAUGUUAAAUGUUAUUGGGUUUCGUAGGAAAGAAUGAUUCCCACGAGGCAAUGAGGAUGUGUUGGGAAGUAGGAUCCUGAGACUCGGCGCAGUCAUCCACAGACCAGAU